AAUAAAUUUAUCAACCUGCCCAACUCUGAGCAUGACGGCAUUUUGGGUUUAACUAUUUGGUAACAGUCAAUAAGUAACUAAAUGAUAUGGCACGAUUGCGCAACAGGCGCAUUCACACGUGCACAGCCAGGAAGUUUCAGUUCCUUCUACGGAAGCUAUAAAACCAUGCUCGAUUCCGGGAUGGAGGUUUCACUAUGAGAUCGGUUAUUGCAGUACUAAUUCUGCUAUCGUUGGAAACCCUCGACGCGAGGGUAUGCCCUAGCAAGGAUUGUGAUGAUCCGAACGAAGAGUACCGGAUAUGUGGAUCAAUGUGCGAAAAAUCCUGUGACAACUUGGACGGUUGUGAUUUGUGCCCAGCGAUUUGUGUAUCGGGAUGCUUUUGUAAAGAUGGAUAUGUUCGUGAUUCGUAUGGGGUCUGUGUGUUAGCUUGUGAUUGUCCUGAUAUAACAACGACAACGGUAGCACCAACUACCAAAAAGAAGAAACGGUGCAAGCGACCAUGUAAAUGCAGGACAACUACUACUGCAGCACCUACUACUACGACGACUGAAGCACCUCCUUGUGAUUGUGUUACUACUACACCUGAGGCACCUACAUGUGGCUGCGAAACUACUACAACUGAAGCACCUCCUUGUGAAUGUUCUACUACUACACCUGAGGCGCCUCCGUGUGAUUGUUCUACUACAACAACUGCUGCACCUUCAUGUGAUUGUGUUACUACUACACCUGAAGCUCCGCCAUGUGACUGCGGUACUACUACACCUGAAGCACCUCCAUGUGAAUGUGCUACUACUACACCUGAGGCACCUCCAUGUGGCUGCGAAACUACUACUACAACUGCAGCACCGCCUUGUGAUUGUGGCACAACUACAACGGUAGCACCUCCUUGUGAUUGUCCAACUACUACGCCUGAAGCCCCUCCAUGUGAUUGUGCUACUACUACAACUGCAGCACCUCCUUGUGAAUGUCCUACUACAACACCUGAAGCACCCCCUUGUGAGUGUGCCACUACUACACCCGAAGCACCUCCAUGUGACUGUGCUUCUACUACAACUGAAUCACCAGCAUGUGACUGUUCUACUACUACAACUGCAGCACCGCCUUGUGAUUGUCCUACCACGACACCGGAGGCACCUCCAUGUGAUUGUGGCACAACUACAACGGAAGCACCGCCUUGUGAUUGUCCUACUACGACACCUGAAGCCCCUCCUUGUGACUGUGCCACUACUACAACUGCAGCUCCUCCGCCCUGCAAUUGUGCUACUACUCCAUGUAGUUGCCCUUGA